CCCUAAUCACCUUAAUUAAGUCUUUCAAGAAAAUCUCCGAUCCCCGCCGGCCACUCUCCUGCAAAGAGUACAAGGGAAGAGGCCAGCAAGAUUUGAGCAGGAUGGGCAACAGUCAGGCCUCUUCGAACUCUCGAAAAUACUCAGACGCCUUCAAAUUUUCGGACAAGAAAGAUUCAGAGAAGACAGUUGACGGUCAGAGUUCUGAGACGUCAAGUAAAUCCAAUGCCACCAACAAUUCGCGCAAAAGCUAUUUGAAGAAGCUGAAGGACGGUUUGAGCUCUGCGAAGUCAAAUAUUUCUCAGUGGACAAACUCUGCUAAUUCCAAUACCACCAACCGUUCGUACCAGCAAGAUGCGAAUAGUUCACAGCGGACACACUCUGAUAAGUCAGACACUACUGGCAGAAGGGAAGGCAAAGGUUGCACCAUCAUGUGAUGAUCUAAAUAUAUGCCGAGUUGCCUCUUAUCUUCUUGUACGCAAUUGAAGGCUCAGCUAUUGAUGAUUUGAAUUUGAUACCAAAUUGAUUGAUAAGACUGUAUUCGUUUAAACUUUUUGAAUCCUAUAUAUGUGUGCAAAUGCAUUAUCACAAGGCUGUUUUGGGUCUUGAAUUGAACUGUGAUUGUGUUUUAUAUAUUUGUUCUAUGAUAUAUGAUUGGUCAGUUGUGGAAAAAA